AUGGCCAUCAAUCCCGCAGAACAGGAGUUCUUGCGCCCUCCCAGUGGGGAACAAUAUGAGCCGAUAUAUCGAGAGCCUGCUUUUUAUAACCCCUUAGAUACAUUCCAACUCCCCCCUGGUACAGAGAGACAAUACCAACAACAAUAUGGCGAUAUGUAUUUCCUGCGGCUCGCAAAGCUGAAGCCGGCAGUGGAGGAAGCUGCAGUGGAGGCCUGGGAAGGAUUUAGUAUUGCAGGAGAACAUGCCCGUCGCGUGGAGAGAGUGUUAGAUGUUCGACAAGGAGAAUUGUGCUGGGUUGCGGGCACAGUAUACAUGGAGAUGCCAUUGAAACCUAAUAUUCUGGAUGAUCUUACAAAAGAUAAUUUCACAUUCGCUCCUGCUCCUCGACGCACAUAUAACGAUCCUUCAAAUCCCGAGUCAACGCAGAUUAUGUUAGAAGACGAGUCCGGCCGCAUACGACUAACCGGGAGCAAGCUCAAAUCGACUCAACUAGCAACCGGAGCUGUGGUGGCAAUUCUUGGGACUGAGAACGCCAAUGGUGACUUCGAGGCGGUGGAUAUCAAGGUCCCCGAUCUAGCUCGACAACCGCGCCGAUGGGAGAGAGAACAAACGCCUCCCUCACCGAAAGGUACAAGGAAGGGAAAGAUUGCUUUGGUGAGUGGUCUUGAUAUUACAGGGACUUCCAGCGACAGCCUUACUCUCGAUCUCCUCUCGGACUACCUUCUUGGCUAUACAGGGUCCUCGGGACACGAUGAUGGUUCACCACCAGACGCCUCUACUAUUACAAGGUUAAUUAUCGCCGGUAAUUCUAUUGGCACUGACUUGACUGGAGAAGCGGCGCUACCUCCCGAUAAUGGAACCUCGGCGAAAAAGAAUGGAGCUUCGAGAAAGUAUGGAUAUGAUGCAUCAACAUAUAAUGCCUCCCCAAUCACGCAGUUUGAUUCCUUCCUUGCAGAGCUCCUGCCGAGUAUGCCUAUCACGCUCAUGCCAGGUGAAAACGACCCGGCAAAUUUUGCGCUCCCACAGCAGCCUAUGCACCGCGCUCUGUUCCCGCGGGCUAGGGCAUACUGUGCUCCUCCACCAUCAGGUGAGGAUAAACCGGAACCAGGUUGGUUUGACAGUGUCACGAAUCCAUGGGAAGGAGACGUUGAGGGCUGGCGCCUCUGGGGCUGUAGCGGCCAGAACGUGGACGACGUACUCCGAUAUCUGGAUUUCGCCGACGACGAGAAUGGUGAUACUAAUGGCGCUGCGGAAGCAAGGACACGGGUUAUGGAGGCUAUGCUGCGGUGGAGGUGUGGUGUUCCCACCGCUCCGGACACCAUCUGGUCUUAUCCGUUCCAGACGCAUGAUCCAUUCGUCAUGAAAGCCUGCCCGCAUCUCUUCUUCACGGGCAACCAACCCCAAUUCAAAACCGCCAUUAUAGAAGGAGAUGCUCCCUCGAACCCGAAUAGAGAGGAGGACACCGAGAUGGGCGGCACGGAUGAAGACAUCCCCCUCCAAACUGUCCGACUUAUUUCUAUUCCCAAGUUCCGGGAAACCGGCGAGCUUAUCCUAGUUGACAUGGAGUCGCUGGAGGUGGAAGUCGUCAAAUUCGGGACGUUUGCAGGACAGGAAGAGAAGCAAUGA